AUCGGGUCGCAUUGACGACAAUAUAAACAAUUCUGGAAAGCCUUGAAAUUUGCCGAUAAAUUUUGAUUUUUAAUCUACAGGAAAACGUGUCAACAUCAACCACCAUCUGGAAUGAUUUCAGGAUCCCUGGAUACUCAAACGUGGGUGCUGUAAACAUACACUGACUGUAAGCAGAUAACAGACUAAAAGCUUGCAUCAUGCCAGGCAAGAAAGGGAAAGGGAAAGGAAAAGGGAAGGGGAAAGGGAAGAAGAAGAAGAGCAAGAAAGGGAUGCUAGAGAACCCUGGCGAUGUUGUCAAAAGACUCCAGAGGGUCUACAUAGCCCAGUGUCAGGCCAAGAACACUGUCGUCUCUCCUGAUCUCAAGAAGUUCCUCAAGGACUGCUUUGAGGACAACAGGCUUGCAGUCAAGUUCAUCUUGGAGCCGAUCCCAGGCUUUGAGGACCCGGAGCUGACCAAUGUCCAGCUUGACCCCCUGAUUUUAGCCAUCAGAGCCGAGAGAUUCAAGUACAUCAAAGAACUUCAUGUGUGGGACAUUCCUCUCAAGCAUGCUGACGUUGCCAAUUUAGCUUUGAUGAUGGAGAAAGGCCCCUACCCCAUCUCCAGGUUGGAGCUUAUUGACUGCAGUGUAGAAUCCUAUGCAGCUGAGAGACUCCUGAGGAAUUGUGUAGGGUUAACCAGUAUCACCACUCUCUCCCUGGACUAUAAUGAGAUUGGUGACAGUGGCUGCAUAGGAAUAUGUAAAGGUCUAAUGAAGAACGAGACCAUGAUAAGUCUUAGUCUGUGUUACUGUGGUCUAGGGGUACAGAGUGGAACGGUCCUAGGUCAGGUCGUCUCAACAACAGCCAUCAGGGAAGUGUACCUGAAUGGGAAUAACCUUGAAGCAGAGGGUGUGUCUGAACUGAUAAGACUAGCAGUGGACCAUGCUGAAACAGAGAGCUAUCACAGAGGUCAAGAAGCCAUGAAGAAAGCAGAUGAAGAAGCUCUAGCUUUGUUAGCAGAAAAAGAAAGGAGUCGGGUAAGGACGGCCUUCGAUGAACCAGGAUCAAAACCAUCAUCAGCCAAGAGCUCAAAAAGUGGCAAGAAAAAGAAGAAGAAAGGGAAGAAAAAGAAAUCGAAAGAGCCCCCUGGCCCUCCCCCUAAGGGUCCCUUGAUCUACAAACUCCACGUAGCAGACAACGGCAUUGACAUGUACGGGAAAGGGUCAACCUAUGCACCAAUCAUAGCAAUGAGGCUCUUUAGAACGUUAGUGGAAAAUUCUGCAUGCCUUCAAGAGCUGGACUUGGAUGACAAUCUCAUUGGUGAUUUAGGGGGGAGAGAGAUCAUGGAGGGACUAAAAGCGAGGAAAGAAAACGGGCUGGAUGGGGUCAAGGUCGCGGUUACUCAUCGCAUGAAUGGAGAUACGUUUGGAGAAAUCAUGAAGCUUGGUUCCGGACUGAAUAAAAAGAAGAAGAAAAAAGGCAAAGGCAAGAAAAAGAAAAAGAAAUGAGGCUUAGGCAUGGAUCGUGGAGGAAUUCGAAUAGCAUAUACCAUCGCCAUCUAAAUGUUAUGCCAUGGAUGAAUAACAGAUACCAUCGCCAUCUGAGUAUGAUCAUAAAGAUGAAUAGAAGAUACUAUCACGAUUUGAGUAUUAUGGUAUGGAUGAAUUCAUUAGCAGAAAAGGAGACUCUCAUAUCCAUUGAGCUUCCAAUUCUCUCCAAGUAUUCUGUAUAUGUGAUUUUAUAUUUUUAUACACUGUAUAUAUUAUAAGAACGAUUAUUGAUAUUUUAUAUAUUUAUAUACAAAGAGACCUAGUAUAGUUUCUUUGAUUGAUAUGAUGCUAUUGUAGAUGAAUUGUAUUGUGUACGUGUGCCAAGGCUACUGAAGAAACUCUGCUUCACGGCAGCGGGAAGAUUUGUGAAAUAUAUGAAUUGCAUUACCUGUAGUUUAAGACAUAUCAAAAGUCAAAAUAAUAAUCACAAAAACUGUUAGUGAUAUGUAGUUGUUGUGUCCCAUAUAAUGCAACAGAUUGUAAAGGAAUGACAAACCAAAACUGACAUUGAUUCAGAGAUGUUCGCAAAUAAAUUAGUCAUUUAGUACAAAGGGGAACUUGUGACUUGAAUAACACGAGACAAAUUCCUUGAAAAUGGGGUAUGUUUUGGGAAUGGUACAUGAAAAGCCCAAAUAGGGUUUUAUUACGUUAAGAGCCUGUUUUGUACCUGUUUUCAGGCAAAAAGAGAUCAUGAAUUGUUGAAAAAAGCUCUUGAAAGUCUGCAGAUCGGUCAUUUUCAACUCUGCUGAUAGUCAUGUAUAACUUUUUUUGAAUAUGUAGUGACACCACUGCCCACAGGGCCAUUCUCCGGGAUGUCAACUAAUUUUCAGGCACUAGUAGGGCUAUCACGUUCAUACAAAAUGUCAUGACCAUUGGAUUUGACUCCAUUUGACUUGACUGCAUACUAACUUGAAUACAGAGCUUAUAUAUAAGAUGCUCUCUAAACGUUAACUUUGGGCAUAUUUUCAUUGUAAACUAUCAUCUGUACAAGGAUAAUGGAAAGUACACAUAUUGACGUAAGCAUCUUAUUUAUCUGGUCAAGGAUGCAGUAACCAGUGGGGGUAAUCCUUGUGAAACUUGAAAGCUCGUAAAGAUGUAUUGCAUGUUUCAUCAAUACAAAGUACUAGAAUAUAAAGCAUCCUUAAAUUUGAAAGUUGGAUUGGGGCAUUCGAAAAGGUUAUCCUAUGCAAAUUCACAUGUUUGUUGUUGCUUUUAUGUGUUUGUUUGUUUUUUCCAACCUAGAGUACAUGUCAAUUUUGUAUGUAUUACUUUCUUUGGGAGACAAGGCUAAAGAAUGGAGGAUGACGACGAUGUCCGAACUUCACGCAUAUUUUCAAGUUUAUAGGAAUUUGAUAUAUGAUCCAGUUUUCUCAUAUUCUCCCCCAACCCCCCUCCCCCUCCGCCAUAUUAAUUAAAAAAAUAUUCAGGACAAUUUAUACCAA